AAUUGAUUUUAAAAGUGGUUUGAUUUCAUUUAACAACGAUUUAUAUAUGUAUAGUGUGAAAUUACUAAUUUGUAGUGAAAUGCGAAAAUAGUUUUUACUAUCAAUAUCUUAAAUAACAAUGAACAUUUGUACGUACUUAUGUGUAUCCAUAAAAUUUAUACUUAUAAUAUGUUUAUAAAAGAGUUUUACAAAUUAAUAAAUUUUAAUUAAUCUACAAAUUUCGAUGUGUAAUAAAUAAAAGUUAUAUUGACACAUUAAAGGAGGAAGGUGCAAGAAAAAAAAAAUAUUUAAUUUAACAACAAUUUCAUGUGAAAAUUCAUAAGGAAAUAUUGGCUCAAAAAAAUUAAGGACAAAAAAAGAAAUAGAAAUAAAAAUAAAAUAAAUUUAAUUUUUGAACCAGAAUUUAAAAAAAAAUAAGAGAAGUGACCUAAAAAAUUUGAAUUAAAUAUUAAUUUUUGAAAUGAAGUAUAAAAAAAAUCAACAACUAGAAGAGAAUAUUAAUGUAUAUCAAAAUAUAUUAAAUGUUUGUUCAGCUGUAAUUGAAAUAAAUGUUGUUAAAUGAUAUAGUCAAAAUAGUAAGGACUCCUGUUACAAUUUUUUAACGUGAGCGGGCUCAUAUAAUAUUUGUAAAAUAAAAAAUACAUAAUUAAUUUAAGGAAAUUUUUUUUCAACAUACACCUACAAUAAUAAAUCAAUUUAAAUACUUUUUAAUUUUAUUCAGUUUAAGAAGGAAAUCAUACAGUAAUUUUAUUGAAACUCAAAUAUCAAAAUAUUUAAACUGUGUGUUAAAAUAUUGCAAUAUCGAAUACAAAAAUUUAUAAAACGCAAAAUUAAUCAAAAAUAAUAGCACAUAAAAAUUUUAAAUUUAUCGUGUAAUAUAAGAUUUUUUUUUGGAAAAUUAUUCUUAUGUAUCUAACAAUAAGUAAAUAUAAUAACAAGUAAAUAUCAAUAGUUUUAAAAGAAUAAAGUAUGGAAGUUCCUACUAUAUAUGAUAUAAUAAAUUCAACAAUUGUUCCAACAACAGAAUCAAAUGAUGAUGAUGAUGGAAAUCCUCCAAUUUCAAUGGAUAAAUUUUAUCCAGCUUUAGUUCAAUGCUUUGGAAUUAUAUUAUGUGGAUAUUUCGCUGGUCGAUUAAAAAUAAUUUCAAAUCAUGAAACAAAAGGAUUAAAUACAUUUGUUGGAACAUUUGCAUUACCAUCACUUAUAUUUUUAUCUUUAGUUGAAUUAAAUUGGAAGACUGUUAAUUGGACAUUUUUAUUAUCGAUUUUAAUAUCGAAAACAAUUGUAUUUUUAAUUGUUAUAUUCGUUUCAUUAUUGAUUGCUAGACCAGUCAAUUAUGGUAGAGCUGGAUUAUUGGCAAUAUUUUGUACACAGAGUAAUGAUUUCGCAAUUGGAUUUCCAAUUGUUGAAGCUUUAUAUAGCAAAAUACAUCCAGAAUAUUCAUCAUACAUUUAUUUAUUGGCUCCAAUAUCUUUAGCUAUUUUGAAUCCAAUCGGUUAUAUUUUAAUGGAAAUUCAAAAGAAAAUUGAUGAAAAAAAUGAACAAGAAAGUUUACCAUUAUGUCCGAGUGCACAACAAAAUAAUCAAAAUUCAAAUAGAUUUUUUCGAAAUAAGAAAAUUUUAAUUGUUUUUAAAACAGUUAAAUCAAUUUUCUUUAAUCCAAUGCUAUUAAUGACAUUAUUGGGUAUUAUUGGUGGUGUUAUAUUUCCGGAUGGUUUACCUGAAGUUUUUGCUGGUGUCUUACGUGUCCUUGGAAAUUCAUUUUCAGCUACAGCUUUAUUUUUAUUAGGUUUAAGAAUUGUCGGUCAAGGAAGUUCAUUUACUGGAGCAGGAUUUUUAACACCAGGAAUAUUGAUUUUAGUUAAAUUGCUUGUCUUACCUUUAGUGACUCGUCAAACAGUAAAUAUUAUGCAAGCUGGAGGAAAUUUUUCAGAAACAACAGAGUUAAGUACAUUCGGUUUCCUUUAUGGUACAUUUCCAGCUGCACCAGGAGCAUUUGUAAUUGCAUCACAAUAUAAUAUUGAUGUGGAUUUGAUUGCAAGAAGUAUGGUUGCAUGUACAUUUAUAAGUGCACCAUUAAUGUUUAUAUCAGCUAAAAUGAUAUCAUUGACAAAUUUAAAUCCAUCAGAUUAUAUGAAUGAAUUGGAUAGAUUUGCAUUUGAUAUCAGUGUAGCUGGUGUUAUUGGAUGCAUUUGGGUCUUAUUAUUGUUUAGUUUAACUAAAAAAUUCCGAUUAAUGCCACAUCGUAUAACAUGUUGUCUAGUAUUUUCACAGCUUUUAUGUUGCAUAGGUGUUAUACUAUGGUGUAAAUUAGAAAGUGUACCAAAAUGGGUGGUUUAUAUAGAAUUUUGUCUUUUUAAUAUUGGAACAUACAGCAGUCGUUUAUGGACAGCUCUUUUGGCUAUAUCUCUAUUAUUUUUACAAUGCCGUAGUUUAUGUUUUGUACUUAAAAUGUGGCCAUACAUGAUUUUAUUUGCAUGGGGAACUCCAGCUGUGAUUUCUGGUAUAUUAAUAGCUUUCGAUAAUAAUUUAACAUCCAACACAAAGCGUAAUCCAAGUUUUCAAUAUGGUAAUGCACAGGCUGCAAUUGCAGUAUUUUUACUAGUCAUGUGUUUCAUUGUUACAGCAGGAUGUUUAGUUCUUCAUCAACGUUAUAAAAAACGAUUUGAAAAGUACUUAACUUUAUCAAGGGAACUUUCAAAUCCAGAAUCAGAGUCCCAAAAUAUCAGAUCUAAUUCAACAGCAAACUUAAUACAAAAUGAAAUUACACAAAAUGGGGGUAUUCGGCAACGUAAUACCAAUUGUCCUUCAUCAGAUGAUGAAAAUGUAACCUCAGAAAUAUCAGAUUGCGGUAAUGGUAAUGGAUGUUGCAGUGGUAGUACAACAACAACUACUGUAGUUGAUAUUGAAGAUUUACUAACAAAUAGAGCUACAUCAAAUAAUAAAAAUGAAUCAAAUUCUAUUGAUGGAAAUGAUAAUAAUGGAACAGAUUUGGGUAAUCGUAGACCAGCUAUGUGUAGUCCAUCAUUUAGUUGUCCAUCAACAUCAAGGCAAAAUUGUCAAAAUCUUGUACAACAGUAUGAAGAACAAAAACGUAAAGGUUUAGAACCUUUAGAAUAUCCAAGUGAUAUUGAUGAACAUCAAACUUUAAAACAUACAGUUUUGUUGAUUCUUUUGUUAUGCUCAAUGUUUGUGGGUUUGGCUGUUUCUAUUUGGACCUUGGUAAUGGAAGGAAUGUCUGGUAUUUAUUUGGAACUGAGUUUUUUGGAUGCAUUUUUAAAUUUUGGUCAAGGAUUAAUUGUAUCGGCUGUGUUUAUAACGGACGCUAAUGAAAUUCUUUCACCAUUUAUUAAAUAUUGGCGUAAAAUAUGGUAUGGUGCUAAUAUUGUCUCAUUACCGAAUUGGUCUGAUUUGAGCUCUGAAACAAAACAUUUGUGUGAACAAUUUCGUAACCAUCAUUUGGAAAAUUGCAAAAAGGAUAUUGCUAAAGAUAAAAGGUGGCGAAUCAAAAUUUACCGAAAAGUUUUUUAUGGAACAGAUUUUGUCGAUUGGCUGCUAGAAUAUGGAUUAGGUAGAGAUCGUAUUGAAGCAACGCAUUACGCACGUCAUCUCUUAGAUGGAAGAGUAUUGAGGCAUAUAAAUAAUGUACAUCAUUUUCAUGAUCAAAAUUUAUUAUAUACAUUUUGUAAUAGAAUUUAAUAGAAAAACACAACUUUAAAAUGCUUCCACAUUUUGCAUGAUUUAUAUUAAGUAAAGCCAAAAAAUCACAAUAAUUUUAAAAUAAUAUUAACGAAAGGAUCAAAGAAGUAAAGAAAAAUAAAUAUUUUUUUUUGUGCUGUGAAAGUUUUCAAUAAUUUUAUUAAUACUUUUUUUUUUUUAUUUUAAAAUAUAUAAUUUUUAAAAUUAAAUUUUAAAAGAAUUAAGAUAAAACAUAGUAAAAUUAAAUUAUUAGACUUAAAAAUAAGAAUGAUUUAUGGUAGCUUGGAUUUUGUUUUAAGAGAAGAAUAUUUUUAAAAAAAUAUUACCAAAGAUUUGAAAAAAAUUUUGUGAUUUUAUUGACAAUUUUAGGAAGUUAUGAAAGUGUAAAAUUUUUCACACAAGUACAUUUCUUUACAACAAAAUAAAAUGGAAUAAUAAAUUUUUGAGACACUUAUGUUAACAAUUUUAAUUUUUACCAACUUUGAUAGAGGUUUAUUUAAAUUUAAAUAAUAUUUGAAAAUGGCUAUUAAAAUAUUAAAAAUCUAUAAUUUUGUAGAACAAUUUUGUAUAACAUACUAUAAGUAUUAUAAAUAUAUGGCAAAAAAAUAUUGUUAUUAUAAAAUUAAUUAAGUUGUUAAGGUUGAUUCUUUAACAAAAUAAAUUCUAAAUAUAGAAAAAAAAUUAAUAAUAAAGAAAUGAAUUUGUAAUCAAAAUUGUAAUACUCUAUGAAUUACAUUAUGCGGUUGCACUUGCAUAAAUAAUUAAAUAGAGCAAUGGAAUUUUGUAAUAUGUCAUCCGUAUAUGCAACUACGAAUUUUAUUAAUUAUUAUAAGAUCGCUUUAACACAAUCAAAACUCUUUAAAAUUUUGAUAAAUAAAUUUUGCUCCUAAUAUUAUACAUGAAUGAUUGAAAAACAUUUAGAAAAUAGGAAUCUCAUUUUAAAACUUAAUUUUCAUUGCAUUAAGUAAUAUGU